AAUUGUUUCUGCAGAUUGACAACCAACCAUUAUUAAGGUAUAGACGGCGAUGACAGAAAGAAUCUGGAGUGAGAGAGAGAGCGUUUUCUUUGACUGUCGUCUGAAGCCACACCCUUGGGUGGCCUCAUAAUCUCCUCCCUUAAGGUUAAAAGCUCAAGGAAUGACAAGGCGUGCAAACUGUCAAGUGAUAGACAGGUGAUUACAGCUGAGAUACAGUAAGAGUUUACAUUAUCUGUCCAACUAGGCAUCAGUGAAGGUUACAAAAUGAGCGCGUAUUCAGCAUACAAAGCGCCCUCUCUGCUGAAAGACAACAGCUGGAUCAGAAAAGUGGACGAUGAGGAUGAAGCUGUUGACCGAGAUCCAAACUUUGGCAAAACUGUUCUAAGCCAGGUCAAAACCGAUGAGACUUCUGUGGGUCCAGGGGGUGAGGAAGUAAAAACCACCACAACUACAAAAACUUCAACAUCUGUGCAGGCGCUCAGCAAGAGAUUUACCGGAAGUCCGGAUAAGACGAGCAGCAGCACCCUCCCCUCCAGCAGGACAUCCUCCUACUCAAAAAGCAGCACAUACUCAUCUCCGAAGUCCGACUCUCCCAUCAGCUCAAGGACCUCCUCGGUCAGCAAGGAUGGCACAACCACUGAGACCACCUUCACCUCCACCCAGAGUCUUAAAUCCCCUGUGCUUAAGAGUCCCACCAUGACUGAGACAUUCAGUCAGAGGGUCAAGAAUACAAGCAAAGAGACACUAUACUCAAGCUACUCACCAACAAAGACAACCAGAGUGACUGAAAGAACCAUUAGCAGCAGCAACGAUGCUGAGGACAAGCUUUUUGACACACUCAUCCCCUCGAAGAUCAAGGACAUUAACUCACCCACAGACAGCAGAAAGACUGUCUCCACGGUUCAGACUGUGACAGUGAAAAGCAGCGCUGACACUGAUGCUGAGGACAAUCUGUUUGACACACUCGUCCCCUCGAAGAUCAAGGAUGAUUACUCAUCCUCAGACAGAACUAUCUCCAGCACUGAGUAUGUGACAGUGAGAAGCAGCAGCAAUGGAAAUGAUACUAAAGCUACCACCACGACAAGGAGUUCCGCCUCUGCCGAGGAUGACCUGUACGACACCCUCUUGCCUAAAUCCAUCACAAAUGCAUCCAGUCUGUCUUCUUCUUCCAGCAGCAGCAGCAGCAUCACAAAGAGAGAGAACAUCACAAUUGCGAGCAGCAGAGGAGCCUCAAGCCCAGUGUCUUCACCAUCCUCCACCCACAGGACCUCCAGCUACAGCUCGUACACUGAUGAUCUUCCCUCCACCCGCACCUCCUCCUACACCAUCAGCAGCACACCCAGUGACGACUACAGCAGCGACAAAACCUUCUCUUACUCCAAACCAAACUCCAGUUAUGAGUACACCAGUAUCUCCAGUCCAACCUCCUACUCCUCCAAAACAUACAGGAGCAGCAGCAGGUCAGAUGACAUGACAGAUUCAGUCUACUCAUCCUCCUCAAAGAGUGUGUAUGCAGCUCCUGAGAGAACGGUGCUUGAGAAAGACCUGUGCAGCUACUGCCGUAAGCCCUUCACUGGUGACGCCAAGAUGGUCCUGGAUGACAUGAAGAUCAACUGCCACACCACCUGCUUUAAAUGCGAGGUGUGUAACAGCAAUAUGGGCUAUAUGAAAGCUGGGGACAGCAUGUGGAUCUACAAACACAUGGUGCACUGUGAAAACUGCUUCGAUGUCACCAGAGAAAAAUGGCGUCGCUGAAUUUUCCCCUAAGCCUUCCCUGGAGAUGAAGCAUCUAUGAUUUAAAGAGAAAGAUAUAUUGCUGUUAAUCAAUACCUUUUUGGUGAUGUGGGAUCUGUUUUUAGUUUUUACAAGCUGAUAAAAGCUUUAUCUUGGUGUUUUGACAAAUGACAGUUACAUAUUGAAUAUACCUUUUUUAGUAACAUGUACUUGCAGCUAGCUGUUACUAUAUUGUUGACAUUGUGAUAUUGCUGCCUCUGUACUUUCACACAUUUAAAUUCUCUGCAGUCUGCAGCCUUUAAGCAGACUCUUGUGUGAAAUAAGAUAAUGUAAUAUUUAGGGCCGGGGUCUUUUUCUGUGUGCAAUAAAGACAAUCAAUAUAUAGCUUUGUAUAGUAAUGUCUCAACGACUUUGUUGUUUAGCUGCCCUGUUUGUUGUUCAUAUCAAUAUUUACUCUUUUAUUCUUUAUAUGCCUUUUGAAGAAUGGCAAUCUGAGGUGUUUAUUUACUUAUAAUGAAGUUUAUCAUAAAGUGUACUGAAAUGGACGUAUUGAGCUAUUUCAAUUAAGAAUUUGAAUUAAAUUAGAAUUCUAAAGGAAUGAUUGAAUUGGUAAUUGCUUUAUACUAAUAAAGUACAAUGUAUAAUUCAUUUUUAAUUGAUUGUCGUUCCCCUAAUAAAAAUACAUUUUUAGUACUGUA